AUGACCACGCAACAACACUUUGAGUUUCCCAAAAUUCAUUCAUUCCCACCUUUAUACACUAAACAACCAAACCAAACAGUGCAACAACAGCAAAUAGAAUCAUGGUGUAAUAUCCUACUACAAUAUUGUGAAUUUUAUAAGAUUACGUCACUUACAAUUGAAGGAGCUCCCAAACAUUCGCAACUAGCGACGACAGCGACAACAACAACAACAACAUCAUCAUCAUCAUCGUCAUCGUCGUCGUACUCCAAGGCAAACAUCCCGCCUCUUUUUGUCAAUAAAUCAAUCAAUCGACAAGUGAAUUCUGAAUUCAAAAAUGCUAUAAUCAACAAUUUGAUUCAUUCGAAACGAGGGCAAUAUAUCAAUCACAAGAAACCUGAAUUGGGCAUAUUUGUGUAUUGGAGAAGUAUAGUUGAUUGGGGCAACUUGUUGUAUGAGUAUAUUGUCAAUACUGGACAGCAAGGGUCGGUGCUUACGUUGUAUGAGUUGACUAAAAGCGAUUUUGAUGAUGUGGAAGAAGAAGAAGAAAAAGAGGAAGAAGGCGUUGGAAGUGGUGCUGGUACUAGUGCUGGAUUGCCUCGAGAGUUGCGAAACUUGGAUGAGGAAUUUCUUGUUAAGAUUAUCAAGGACUAUUUGAUCAAACAGGGCAAAGCUCAGUUGUUGAUGACUGAAUCGAAUGAAAUCGGUGGUGUCAAAAUCGUCUAA